UCACUCAAGGCAGUGUUGCAGGGUGGGAAAAACCUAAAUUUCUCCACGCAAACUCUCAGCAACAAGUAGCAAGGAACCUAGCAAGUAAAGUCAAAUUGAAUAACUAGUAGAUAUUAUAGCCUUUUUGUAGUUUCUCGUUUAAAUAAUUGAUAUUGUGUAUUUCUUGUGUGUAUUGUUGUGUAGCAUCUUUCAAAUGACCUAUCGUAGCAUUUUUUUAUUACUAUAAUUUUUUGAAUUAGCUAAACUUAGGUCUCUCUAUCGAUCAGAAGCAAGAAUGGUUCUGUGCUAUAUACCGGAUUGCAACAACUACUCCGAUAAGCACACAUGUGCAUUUGAUCGUUUUCCGACCUCUGUAAGCGAGAGCUGUGUGGUAAGACGGGCGGAACCGGAAACCCAGUGACAACACUGCAGUUGCUAUUUUCCAUUGGGAAAAGAAAUGCCCCUCUAUUUACCAGGAAAGGUAGUUCAUCCACCAUUUCAGAAGAGGAAGAUCCAGACACAUCCACCAUGGCAGAAGAGGAAGAUCCAGACAGAUCCACCAUAGCAGACGGUGAAGUUCCAGGCCUCUCGGCCGCUGAAGAAUGUAGGAGGCUGCUGUCUCCAUAGUUGCAGAAUGUUCUCACUGAGGUGCAUCUUGAGGAAACAUUAGCACAGUUGAAGGUUAUACAGGAGAAUCAGCUGUAUAUCCGCAACAGAUCCAAGAAUCGGCUUCCUAUAUCGCAACAAAGCAUCCUUCACUCAUGCUGCCAGACAUACCCUCGUAAAACUGACCAUCCUACCGAUCCUCGACUUCGGCGAUGUCAUCUAUAAAAUAGCCUCCAACACUCUACUCAACAAAUUGGAGGCAGUCUAUCACAGUGCCAUCUGUUUUGUCACCAAAGCCCCAUACACUACCCACCACUGCGACCUGUACGCUCUCAUUGGUUGGCCCUCGCUUCAUACUCAUUGCCAAACCCACUGGCACAGGUUAUCUACAAGUCUCUGCUAGGUAAAGCCCUGCCUUAUCUCAGCUCACUGGUCACCAUAACAGCACCCACUCGUAGCUCGCGCUCCAGCAGGUAUAUCUCACUGGUCACCCCCAAAGCCAAUUCCUCCUUUGGUCGCCUUUCCUUCCAGUUCUCUGCUGCCAAUGACUGGAACGAAAUGCAAAAAUCACUGAAGCUGGAGACUCAUAUCUCCCUCACUAGCUUUAAGCACCAGCUGCCAGAGCAGAUCACUGCACCUGUACAUAGCCCAUCUAUCUACCUCAUCCCCAUACUGUAUUUAUUUAUUUAUCUUGCUCCUUUGCACCCCAGUAUCUCUACUUGCACAUUCAUCCUCUGCACACCUACCAUUCCAGUGUUCAAUUGCUAUAUUGUAAUUACUUCGCCACCAUGCGACCAUGCUAUGUUGUCAUGUGUUGCUGCCAUGCAAUGUUGUUGUCUUAGGUCUCUCUUUAUGUGGUGUUGUCGUGUCUCCUUGUGAUGUGUGUUUUGUCCUAUAUUUUUAUUUGUAAUCCCCCGUCCCCGCAGGAGAGGCCUUUUGGGUUUUGGUAGGCCGUCACUGUAAAUAAGAAUUUGUUCUUAACUGACUUACCUAGUUAAAUAAAAUAAAAUAUGAAGCGCAGGAGCUUCCUGCUGUCAUUUGUAGUCUUGCUGAGGUCUUCUCUGUUGCAAAUUAUCAUUUUGGAUUUUUAAGAGUAAAUUGAUGCGUAUAUAUUGAUAAACCUUACCUUGUCUGAGAGAGAAUUAAACGGUUAGCAAAACCUAACGCCAAGGUAAGCCUACACCAAACACAUACUUUAUUUAAAGUAUUUGUAAAAUUCAUUAUGUGAAAAAAAUUAAUGUUGGAAAGACGAUUGGAACCAAUUCUGUUUGAAUGCCAAGUUGUAUAAGUAUUAUAACGAGUCCACUUUUGGGGGACUAUAGGCGAAUUACCGACCUUGCACGCUGUGCUCGCACGUUUUCGAUGAGAUUGUGACGUUACUGGUGAAAGUUGAAACAAGGAAGAAGGGUGUAUAGCCGGAACCAGCUGUGUACUGUAUGUCAGACGAAUACAAAACAAAUAGGGUGCUGCAAAUUAUUCAGAAACGUACUCUAACGUUACAAUUCUUGAAUUGUUAUCGACAUAUUUUAAGAAUGGAUUUAAACAGUAUCUUGUCUCAGCUCGAGACUAACAAUGAAGAGGAAAUUAAAAGGCUUUUGCACCAGUACAACGGAGAGAAUAGUCGCACAUUCACCUUUGACCCAAAAGAGGAGGACCUACGAAGUAGGCUGUGUCAGGGUCUGCUGACUGUGCUGGGGAGGCAGGUUGGGUCCUGCUGCCAGAGCACCUGCCUGGAGACCCUUCGCAUCCUGUCCCGGGACAAGCGGGUCCUGGGCCCUGUGGGCACCCGGGAGGGCAUGCUGGUCCUGGCCGGGCUGGCUCGGCUGCAGGCGGGAGAGGAGGGAGGUGACAGUCUGCAAGAGGAUGCCCAGACAGAGGAGGAAGAGAGAGUGGUGGUGGAGGCCCUUAAGUGCCUGUGUAACGUGGUGUUUAACAGCGUGGCAGCACAGCAGGUGGGUGCCGAAGUGCAGCUGGCACGUGGUCUGUGUGCCCGCCUGCACGCCGCCCGUGCCGGGUGUCACGAGGUGGGCCUGUUCUCCCUGCGCCUGCUCUUCCUGCUCUCGGCUCUGCGGCCAGACGUCAGGGGGGGCCUCCAGAGGGAGCUGCAUGCCGUGGGGCUCCUCACAGAGGUGCUGGAGCGUACCCUGGACCUACGCUGGGUGGGCCCCUACGAGGUGGCCCAUCCAGGCCUCCAGGCCUUGCCUAUCCCUGCUGAAGACAACGAGAGGGCCAUGGAGGCCCUGAAAGCCUUGUUCAACCUCACGCUGUCUGACACUAGCGAUGAGGGUGGUGACCACCAGCUCCGCCUUGUCACCGCCAUCAUGCGCCAUCUAUUGAUGCUAAAGACUCAGACAGAGGACAAAACAGAGGAAGCACACAGCCACGCCAUCAACCUGCUGAGUAACCUGCCAGUGUCAUGUCUGGAUGUGCUGAUUGACUUGCCGGUCCAGGGGGGCCAGGAGGAGUACAGCGGGAAAAACAUGGACGCUGUGCAGGUGCUACUGGACUUUAUGGAGAAGAGGAUAGACAAGGGUGCCAACUACAAAGAGGGGCUGACCCCAGUGCUCAGCCUGCUGACCGAGGGCUCCAGGUACCACAGGGAGAUCCGCAGAUACAUCAAGACACAGGUACUGCCCCCGCUGAAGGAGGUCAAGGUCAGGCCGGAAAUAGGGUCCACCGUUAGGAACAAGCUGGUGCGCCUCAUGACCCACGUGGACAUGGGCGUGAAGCAGAGCGCUGCAGAGUUCCUCUUCGUCCUCUGCAAAGAGAGUGUGGACCACCUGUUGAAGUACACUGGGUACGGUAACGCAGCAGGACUCCUGGUAGCUCGAGGCCUGCUGGCAGGGGGGCGAGGAGAGACUCUCUACUCAGACGACGAAGACUCUGACACCGAAGAGUACAAAUCGGCUAAACCUUUCAUCAACCCCAUCACGGGUCACGUGGAGGAGCACAUGCCUAACCCCAUCGAAGACAUGACUGAGGAGCAGAAAGAGUAUGAGGCCCAGAAACUGGUCAACAUGUUUGACAAGUUGUCAAGGCAGCAGUUGAUCAGACCGAUGGGGGUGAGGAGGGACGGCACACUGGCACCCCUAGAGGAGGCUCUUAGACAGCCCACGGCUGACAGCUGCAGCUCAGACUCAGACUAGAGCCACUACGACACAGAUCGGACCACCCUAUACAGUGCCCUCAGAAAGUAUUCAUACCCUUUUACUUAUUCAACAUUUAGUUGUUACAGCCUGAAUUCAAAAUGGAUUGAAUAUAAUUUAUUUUUCAACGAGCUACACACAAAACCCCAUAAUGACAAAGUGAAAUAAAGGUUCUUAACAUUUUUGCAAAUUUAUUGAAAAUACAUUAAUAUCUCUUUUACAUAAGUAUUCACACCCCUGAGUCAAUACAUGUUAUAAUCACCUUUGGCAGCAAUUACAGCUGUCUCUAAGAGCUUUGCACACCUGGAUUGUACAACAUUUUCCCAUUUAUCCUUUUCAAAAUUGUUCAAGCUCUGUCAAAUUGGUUGACAGAGCUUCAAGUAUUGCCAUAGAUUUUCAAGCAGCUUUAAGUCAAAACUGUAACUCUGCCACUCGGGAACAUUCACUGUCUUCUUGGUAAGCAACUCCAGUGUAGAUUUGGCCUUGUGUUUUAGGUUAUUGUGGAAAGCAGACUGAGCCAGGUUUUUCUCUGGGAUUUUGUCUGUGCUGAGCUCCAUUCUGUUUCUUUUUAUCAUGAACAACUCCCCAGUCCUUAACGAUUACAAACAUACCCAUAACAUGAUGCAGACACCACUCUGCUUGAAAAUAUGGAGUGUUACUCAGUAAUGUGUUGUAUUGGAUUUUCCCCAGACAAACAGUGACCAUUUGCCACCUUAGCCACCAUUUUUUGCAGUUAUACUUUAGUGCCUUGCACAUUCUUACUUCUGAACUGGUUAAAGCUUGAAUAGUUAUUGACUCAAGACAUUUCAGCUUUUCAUUUUUAUUUCAUUUGUAAUAAUUCAGGAAAACAUAAUUCCACUUUGACAUUAUGGAGUAUUGUGUGUAUGUCUGCCAUUUGACCAAAAAAAUCUAAAUGUAAUCCAUUUUAAAUUCAGGCUCUAACAAAGACAAAGUGGUGUGAUUACUUUCUGAAGGCACUGUACCUACAGUAGGCUGUGUCCAGCGCAGAGGUCUCCCUCGCUUGCUGUCUGUCUUCCUCUGUCUGUCAGAGACUGAAGGGGCCUCACCCUUUCUCCAUAAGCUGUUCUGUUCUCUAAAGCUGACUUGAGCCUGACUUGAUUCAACGAAAAAGCUGAUUUUUAAGCCUGAAUUGAUACGACACAGGAAAGGAUAGAAUUAGGGUCGAGCACAUCCUCCCGACCACAGCAUUUUUACUACUUUAGUUUGACUUUUUUUAUGAACCAUUUCGCUGCUCAUGCCUCUCAAAUUUGAUAGAAUGAAAGAUAGCUCUUAAUCAAAUUGCUGUAGAGAUGUGAAUCACUAAAAGCAUGUUUGGCGGGGUGGGGUUUGGCCAAAUUGUAAUUGAAUUUGGAUAGGAAAUCAUUCCUUAGAUAUAUAAAUAUGUUGGUUUUGUUCUUUAUAUGUUGAAUGUGUGACUAUGUAUUAGGAUGAGUGCUCACAGAAUAAGUCGUAAAAGAACGCAUGCGUGUGUGUGUGUAUAUACAGUACCAGUCAAAAGUUUGGACACCUACUCAUUGAAGGGUUUUACUUUAUUUUUACUAUUUUUCUAGAUUGUUUAAUAAUAGUGAAGACAUAACUAUGAAAUAACACAUAUGGAAUCAUGUAGUAACCAAAAGUGUUCAACAAAUCCAAAUAUAUUUGAGAUUCUUCAAAAUAGCCAUCCUUUGCUUUGACUAAGGCUUUGCAAACUCUUGGAAUUCUCUCAACCAGCUUCACCUGGAAUGCUUUUCCAACAGUCUUGAAGGAGUUCCCACAUAUGCUGAGCACUUGUUGGCUGCUUUUCCUUCACUCUGCGGUCCAACUCAUCCCAAACCAUCUCAGUUGGGUUGAGGUCGGGUGAUUAUGACAUGAUUCCAUAUGGGUUAUUUCAUAGUUUUGAGGUCUUCACUAUUGUUCUACAAUGUAGAAAAUAGGAAAAAUAAGAAAAAACCCUUGAACGAGUAGGUCUGUCCAAACCUUUGACUGGUAGUGUCUUUGUGUGUAUGUCUAUACAUACACUUCAGUUCAAAAGUUUGGGGUCACUUAGAAAUGUCCUUGUUUUUGAAGGAAAAGCACAUUCUUGUCCAUUAAAAUAACGUCAAAUUGAUCAGAAAUACAGUGUAGACAUUGUUGUAGAAGACUAUUGUAGCUGGAAACGGCUAAGUUUUAAUGGAAUAUCUACAUAGGCGUACAGAGGCCCAUUUAUCAGCAACCAUCACUCCUGUGUUCCAUACAUACAUACACACACAUUUGGAAAAUAUUCAGACCUCUUGACUUUUUUCACGUUGUUACAUUACAGUCUUAUUCUAGAUUUUGUAUUUUUUUUAUUCCUUCAAUCUACACACUACCCCAUAAUGACAAAGCAAAAACAGGUUUUUAGAAAUGUUUGCAAAUGUAUAAAGAAAACAGAAAUAUCACAUUUACGUAAGUAUUCAGGCCCUUCACUCAGUAUCUUUGGCAGCGAUUACAACCGAGUCUUCUUGGGAAUGACGCUACAAGCUUAGUACACCUUUAUUUGGGGGGUUUCUGCCAUUGUUCUCUGCAGAUCUUCUCAAGCUCUUUCAGGUUGGAUGGGGAGCGUUGCUACACAGCUAUUUUCAGGUUUCUCCAAAGAUGUUCGAACGGGUUCAAGUCCGGGCUCUGGCUGGGCCACUCAAGGACAUUCAGAAACUUGUCCCAAAGCCACUCGUGCAUUGUCUUGGCUGUGUACUUAGGGUCGUUGUCCUCUUGGAAGGUGAACCUUCACUCCAGUCUGAGGUCCUGAGCCCUCUGGAGCAGGUUUUCAUCAAGGUUCUCUCUGUACUUUGCUCCAGUCAUUUUUGCCUUGAUCCUGACUAGUAUCUCAGUCCCUACCACUGAAAAGUGGUUUCCAUCUGGCCACUACCAUAAAGGCCAGAUUGGUGGAGUACUGCAAAGAUGGUUGUCCUUCUGGAAGGUUUUCCCAUCUCCACAGAGGAACUCUGGAGCUCUGUCAAAGUGACCAUCGGGUUCUUGGUCACCUCACUGACCAAGGCCCUUCUCCCCCGAUUGCUCAGUUUGGCCGGGAAGCCAGCUCUAGGAAGGGUCUUGGUGGUUCCAAACUUCUUCCAUUUAAGAAUGAUGGAGACCACUGUCCUUGGAUCUUCAAUGCUGCAGACAUUUUUUGGUACCCUUCCCCAGAUCUGUACCUCGACACAAUCCUGUCUCAGAGCUCUACGGACAAUUCCUUUGACCUCAUCUCUUGGUUUUUGCUCUGACAUGCACUUUCAACUGUGGGACCUUAUGUAGAGCGGUGUGUGUCCAUCAUGUCCAAUCAAUUAAAUUUACAACAGGUGGACUCCAAGUUGUAGAAACAUCAAUGGAAACAGGAUGCACCUGAGCUCAAUUUCAAGUGUCAUAGUCUGAAUACUUAUGUAAAUAAGAUAUCUGUAUUUAAUUUGCCAAAAUGUCUUAAAACAUGUUUUUACUUUGUCAUUAAGGGGUAUUGUGCGUAGAUAGGUGACAAUUGUAAAAAUUGUGUCCAUUUUGAAUUCCACAACAAAAUGUGGAAUAAGUAGGAAUACAUUCUGUAUACAGUGCAUUUGGAAAUAGUUCAGCCCCUUCAUUUUUUCCACAUUUUGUUACAUUACAGCCUUAUUCUAAAAUGGAUUAAAUAAAUAAAAAUCCUCAAUCUACACACAAUACCCCGUAAUGAAAAAGGGAAAACAGGUUUUUAGAUUUCUUUUGCAAAUUUAAAGAUUAAAAAACAGAAAUGCCUUAUUUACAUAAGUAUUCACACCCCUGAGUCAAUACAUGUUACAAUCACUUUUGGCAGCAAUUACAGCUGUGAGUCUUUCUGUGUAAGUCUAAGAGCUUUGCACACCUCGAUUGUAUAAUAUUUGCACAUUAUUCUUCGAGUUCUGUCAAGUUGGUUGUUGAUAAUUGCUAGACAUACAUUUCCAAGCCGAUUUAUGUCAAAACUAUUUAGGCCACUCAGGAACAUACAAUAUCGUCUUGGUAAUCAGUUCCAGUGUAUAUUUGACCAUUGUGAUUUAGGUUAUUGUCCUGCUGAAAGGUAAAUUCAUCUCUGUCUUGUGGAAAGCAGACUUAACCAGGUUUUACAUUAGCAUUUUGCCUGUACUUAGCUCCAUUCCAUCAAUUUUUUUAUCCUGUAAAACUCCCCAGUCCUUAACGAUUACAACCAUACCCAUAACAUGAUGUAGCAGGAUUUGCCUCAAACAACAUUUUAUAUUCAGGACAAAAAGUGAAUUACUUAGCCACAUUUUUUGCAGUAUUACUUUUGUGCCUUGUUGCAAACAGGAUGCAUGUUAUCCUCUUCAGGCUUCCUUUUCACUCUGUCAAUUAGGUCACUACAAUGUUGUUGAUCCGUCCUCAGUUUUCUCCUAUCACAGCCAUUAAUCUGUAACGGUUUUAAAGUCGCCAUUGGCCUCAUGGUGAAAUCCCUGAGCGGUUACCUUCCUCUCCAGCGACAGAGUUAGGAAGAACGUCUGUUUCUUUGUAGUGACUGGGUGUAUUGCUACACCAUCCAAAGUGUAUUUAAUAACUCCACCAUGCACAAAGGGAUAUUCACUAUCUUUUUCUUUUUUUUACACUCAUCUACCAAUAGGUGCCCUUCAUUGCGAGCCACUGGAAAACCUCCCUGGUCUUUGUGGUUGAAUAUGUGUUUGAAAUUCACUGCUCGACCUGGGGCCUCACAGGUAAUUGUAUGUGUGGGGUACAGAGAUGAGGUAGUCAUUUAAAAAUCAUAUUAAACACUAUUACUGCACCCAGAAUGCGUCCAUGCAACUUAUGUGACUUGUUAAGCACACUUUUACUCCUGAACUUACUUAGGCUUGCCAUAACAGGGGUUGAAUACUUAUUGACUCAAGACAGUUCAGCAUUAUUUUUAAUUACAUUUCUAAAUAUUUCUAAAAACAUAAUUCUACUGACAAUAUGGGGUAUUGUGUGUAGUAGGCCAAUGAUACAAAAUCAAUGUAAUCUAUUUUAAAUUCAGGAUGUAACACAACAAAAUCUGGAAAAAGUCAAGGGGUAUGAAUACUUUCUGAAAGCACUGUAUAUUCCUCUGGUGGGCGAUAAGUACUUGGAUGGUUUCUGCCUUACCCAUUGGGGACACUUGACAUUCAGAAAUGUUUAUUAAAAUGACUGUUUUCUAAAUGUAACUUUCAUUAGGCAAUUCCGCAUGGCAUUAAAACGAUAGAAAAAAUAUUUUGAAGACGCAAUGGAUUUUAGAUUUGUGUAAUCUACUGAUAAAUAGAUACUGAGUUACAUUUCCUUGAAUAUUGUACAUUUCUGCAUAUUUAAUAGAUGCAUAGGCCUUCUGUACAGGUUGUCGAGUUUAUAAUUUUGUUGACCAUCACUCCAUUUGAAGAAAACGGCAUGGUUGAGGUAUGGUUCUGUGGUUAGUGCACAGCAGCACUGUCUCUAGUGUGUCCCUUAGAAUAUUAUUUCUGGCAAUCAUGGCAUGUGUGAAGGAGAGUAUUCCUUUAGCUCUGUUUAUACAGUACCUGGUGCUAACAUGUAUCUUGUGUUCUGAUUUAACUUUGAACAGAUAGUGAUUAUAUCACGACAACCACAUGUUAAUGUAGCGUGUAACCAGGGUAAACAUUUUUAGAUAUGGCAUUGGCAAGAUUAAAACCUGUGAUCUUCUGAUCCCUAUCCCAAUACCUAGUCCAUUGCACUAGCAAGGGGGAGGGCACCACUCUUGUUUUCUUCACAAAGCUGUUCAGUCAGUCAUUUAAAAUGGUGUUGUUCCUGCUUGACUACAUUCAUUACAUCAUCCAAUGGUUGUGCUCCACCUCAUCGACUAUGCAGUUGGGCACCAGAUUGCUGUAUCAUAAGAUAUGUUGUUAGCUGAUAUAUUAAACACGUAUCCAAGUUUUGUGAUAUCUGGAAGGUGUUUGCAAUGUAGUCAGACAGGAACACCACCAAAGUCAGUAGAUUAGAAAUGUGAUUAGUUGGGUAGGUUGGGAAGAAGAAAAGAAAACGCAUUGGGAAUAGAACUGGCAACCUUGUGUGUUGAAUGUGGGCACAAUCAGAAUGUGGACAAGAUCAGGACACAAGUAGCUACAAUAUAUAUUUUAUUUGCUGUGAAAAUCUAGGUUCUCUAUUCAAUCAGACUCGCUUUAGCCGACAUCCGCAGAGCGGUUGUUUUGGCGUGUCAGAGGUGACACUGUAAUAGAGCUGUCAAAUCCACAAGCGGCUCUUGGCAUUACCUAAAGUGGGGGAAUUGCCAUUGGCUGCUGAGAGUCUAUUUAAGAUAAAUCCCAUGCAGCCUUGUUUACAAGUUCAAACACUGGAAUGUGAGAUGGAAUCUACAGCUUGAUUAGGCUGAUAAAAAUCCUAACUUUGUUGAAUGAUUUUCAAUUUGAACGUCAUUAUUUCUAUGUACCCUACACUUUCUUGUUCUGAACUUCUAACGCGGGUGGGAUGGGAGUGGCUUCCUGACAAUGAUCAAGAGCAGCUGCUCACCGAUUUGACAGCUCCAAUGAAGUUACACCUUGGACACCUCCAAAACAUCAGCUAUGCAGGUGUCAGCUAUCACCGGUUAAUUAACGCUUGAUCUGAUUGAAUCGAGGCCUAGUAGUUUUCAUUGGUAAAUGACCACGACCUAGCUAGAACAACAGAAGUAACUUGUAAAAUAAUACAAUUUGAACUACAUACUCUGUGAGUCGCCUCCACACAAAAACAACUAUGUUGAGCACUUGAGUUCCAGUUUGGAAGGAACAAUUUAUAUUCAAGGGGUGUGUUCUUUUUGUACAUUUGUUCUGACAUAAAAAAAAAUCCUUUCUUUA